GGUCAUAACUGCUUGUUGUGUGUGUCGAAGAAGAAGUUCAGUAUUGCGGCGGAGAUUUUAAACUGAGUUUGUCUUGUAGCUUUAAAAUUAGAGAAUUCUGCUCUGCUUAUUUACAAUAAACAGUGUUUAAAAAAACUUUGUGAUUUAAAUAAGUUCCCUUGGACGUCAAAACGGGUUUUAAAUUGGUGCUGUUUGACUCGACCCGUUAGCUAAUGUUAGCGUCCCCGGCUAAGAUAUCCCCCUGAUUUUUUUUUUUCACGAUUGUCAUCCUUUUUGAUGUUUUGUUAUUUUAGAUAAAUUCAUUUUUCUCAAAUGGAGGAACACAAGGAGAACAUUCACACCAAAGCCCUCAACGUGCAGAAGAUGUCGAACGCGAAGGAGGACGAGAAGGAGAAACCCAGCAGCAGAAAAGGUCCCGACGGCGAGUCUGAUCCUCCAGUGUCGCCCUCACAGCCCAACAGUGACUUCAGCCAUCCGGUCUACAAAGAGAUCGCUUUGGCAAACGGACACAUCAACCGCAUGUCCAAGAGGGAGCUGCAGGUCAAACUGUCUGAGCUGAAGCUCGACACCAGAGGUGUGAAGGACGUGAUGAAGAAGAGGCUGAAGAGCCACUACAGGAAGCAGAAGCUGAUGCAGUCUGCAGCAGAGGGAGGUCCCACUGACACCUACUACGACUACAUCUGCGUGGUGGACUUUGAGGCCACAUGUGAGGAGGAUAAUCCCUCAGACUUCCUCCAUGAAAUCAUCGAGUUCCCCUUGGUUCUCAUCAACACUCACACCCUACAGAUCGUGGACACGUUUCAGUCGUACGUGAAACCGGAGUUAAACCCUAAACUUUCUGACUUUUGCGUCACGCUAACGGGAAUCACUCAGGAAAUGGUGGACGAAGCGGACCCGUUCCCACAAGUCCUUCAGCGAGUCGUGAAAUGGCUUCAGGAGAGAGACCUGGGAACAAAGCACAAAUACGCCAUUCUGACGGACGGGUCGUGGGACAUGAGCAAGUUCCUCAACAUCCAGUGUCGGGUGAGCCGGAUCCGAUAUCCUCAGUUUGCCAAGAAAUGGAUAAACAUCAGGAAAUCAUACGGCAACUUUUACAAGCUGCCGCGCUCACAGACAAAGCUGAGCACCAUGCUGGAGAAGCUGGGGAUGAAGUACGAGGGCCGCCCUCACUGCGGCCUGGACGACUCCCGCAACAUCGCCAGGAUCGCCGUUCGCAUGCUGCAGGACGGAUGCCAGCUGCGCGUGAACGAGCGCAUGCACGCCGGCCAGCUGCUGGCGGUUCCCAGCUCGGCGCCGGUGGAAGGAGCUCCCCCGCCUCACACCCCUGGCAGCAGAAACUAGAACCACGGCGGCCUUAAGGUCGAUCCGCAGCAGAGAAGAGCAUUCUAGCAGGAGCCCAAAGCGCCGCGUUCUCUGGGCUUCAGAUGGAGCAGGUUUCCUGCCUCACCUUAUGAGGUUUAACGGCGUCCUCCUGCCUGAUUGAGCUGCAUCUUCUGUCUAGAAAGCUCAGUGAAAGUCGGUAAAAACACUGCUUCACGCAAACAUGUCAAUUUACCGUUCUCACAUGAGCACAAGGACGCUGCUGCUCUCUACCCACCUUCAAGUUGAUAAGAAAACGGAAAAAAUCGGACAGAUUUGGAUCUCAGAUGUAAAAACAGAGCUUCAUAAAUGAGGCAGUAGGAGAAACAGGGAUUGUGGAGCCCUUAAGUGUUCUUGCACCAUCUUUAAAACACGUUUUCCAGCUUAACUGCUUCAUAAAUGGGUCAAAGAUGGAAUUUUCUGCUUCCAUUUUAUGCUUUUUUGAGUUGCAGCCUAAAUUCGGUCAAGUCUUCCCACCUCAUCUUCAUGACUCGAUUUGCCGCCGCUCUUUUGGAAAUGUCACAGUUUAAAGCAGCAAACAAACUUGAUGCGACCUACGGUGGUGCGUUCAGUGACUUAAA